CGUGCGGUUGUUUUACCAACAAGUCAUGUUACAAUAAUCAAGAUUGGGCUAGUCUGUACUGAUUUUAGACACCAUCCUGCCAGUGAGAUACGUAGGCAUGUGGCCCUCGGUCUCUCCGAUCCAAUUUAGAGGCCCUCAUAUGAAUAGCCGUGGAUUCUUCACCGAAAUAACAAGAACCCCCCACCAAUCAACCAUGCCUGAAACUGCACCUUGUAAUUUUACGACGUCCUUGGACUCUCACCAAGAUCCAGAGUCCAAACCCGCCAGCCUCCUCGGCCAACUUGCACCUGUACCCUAUGAUUAUACAUCACCCCUAGGGUCCCGCCAGGACCUGGAGUCGAAAGACUCCAGUGUCGUGGCUUGGGCGGAAGCGGACCAAGAUCGUCCAUCUAUUCCUACCAGUCUGUGGGCUGAAGGUGGUUUUCUGGGAUGCCUCACGCUUUUUGGUGGCUUCUUAGGAAGUUUCGCAACCAUGGGGCAAGUCAGUUCAUUUGGAACAUACCAGGCAUGGUAUGCCGAGCAUCAACUAUCCUCCUAUACACCGUCCGAAAUCUCCUGGAUUGGCGGGCUUCAGCUUUGGGUCAUGAUGUUCUCGGGUGGACUUAUUGGUCGCUUGUUCGAUGCUUAUGGACCCACGCCGUUGCUCGCAUCUGGGACCCUUAUAUACACAUUCAGUUUGAUGAUGACAUCAUUAGCAACCCGGUACUACCAGUUUAUGAUUGCUCAAGGAUUUCUUCUUGGGUUGGGGGCCGGAUUAGUGUAUAACCCGUGCAUCGCCGCAUCUACCUCCCGCUUCCGUCAUUUCGCAGGUACAUCUAGUGGUAUCGUGCUAGGUGGUUCUGGUGCAGGCGGUGUAACGGGAUGUCCCGUAGGGACAUAGACAGAGGAGAUAGAGUCACGGGAGAGAGUGCCAGGGGUCAUAGGAGGUUCGGGGUCUCUGUAGACAUAGGCAGCAUGUAGGC